ACUGGCAGAAUGUGCAUUUGAAUGUACAUCUUUUACGCUAUGUCCAAGAAGAGUCGCACAAAGGGAGAGAAGACUGACAUGGAGAUUGAAGCUAUCCAGUCCGCUUAUGAAGAAUUGAAAAUUAAACUGAGCAACACCCAGAUUGAAUAUCAGCAGGAGAAACGCAAGUUGAGUAAACUGAGAGAGAAGUUGCAGGAAGUAAAACAAGAGCGAGAACAAGAUCAGCACAAACACAAAGCCUACAUAUCUGAACUGAAGGCGAAACUCCAUGAAGAGAAGGUGAAAGAACUCCAAGCUCUCAGGGAAGUACUGAUUAGGCAGCACGAACAAGAGAUGGCUCGCAUGGUGAAAAUAAAAGACAGUGAAAUACAACGAUUGCAGUCCACCGUGAAUAUGUUGCGAGAUGGAGCAGCUGACAAAGUAAAAACUGCCUUGUUAAAUGAAGCCAGGGAAGAAGCCCGGAAACUGUUUGAUAACGAAUGUAUAAAGAUGCAGCAAGAGAUACUAGAACUCAAAUCAGGUAAAAAACAGGUGGAGGAAGCCUUGAGUAAUAUCAUGCAGGCAGAUAAAAUGAAGGCGGCUGACCUGCGCAUGGCCUACCAAUCACAUCAAGAUGAGAUUAAUAGGAUAAAGCGGGAAUGUGAAAGGGACAUCCGCAAGCUGAUGGAUGAGAUAAAGAGCAAAGACAGAGUGAUUCUGGCUUUGGAAAAGGAUCUGGGUGCCCAAGCAGGCCAUACGAGAAAGUUGCUGCUCCAAAAAGAAGCACUGGAUGAGCAGCUUCUUCAAGCCAAAGAAGCAGAACGAUACCAUAGCAGCCCAAAGAAAGAACUUCCCCCUGGAGCAGGAGACAUCAAUGAACUGGAACAGCAUAUAGAUGAGAGAGACUUACGAAGAUUUCAACUAAAAAUUGCAGAACUGAAUGCUGUAAUACAGAAACUAGAAGACCGAAAUUCACUUUUAGUGGAUGAAAGGAAUGAAUUGUUGAAACAAUGUCGGGAAGCAGAAAUACAGUUUAAGCCUCUUGUAGAAAAAAACAAAAGGCUAAAUAAAAAGAAUGAACACAUGCUGCAAAAUAUACAAAGAAUGGAAGAAAAAAUUAUCAAGCUAUCCAGAGAAAAUAUGGAAAUAAAAGAAAAGCUGUCUGUUCAGCCAACUUUGAGAAGGCAUACUUCAUUGAAUGACCUCAGCAGAAGACGUGAAGAAAAGGAGAUUGAAUAUCUUAAACUGCAAAUCAUCCAACAGCAGCAACGUGUUGAUGAUCUCACAGCGGACCAGGAAGAAUUGCUACAUUCUAAGAAACAGAGAAGAAAAGAUCUGAAAUCCACAAAGAAUCAUGUUGCAGAGACAUAUUUUGGAUUUGAAGAAGAAUCAGCCGAUUCCGAAACAUCAUCAGUGACUUCCUUUAGCACAGAUAAAACGGACAGGACUCAUACUACAGCAAAAGACUUGGAACAUAACACACCUGAAGAAGCUGACUUGCGGUUCUGUCAACUAACAAGAGAAUAUCAAGCUUUGCAAAGAGCGCAUGCGUUGCUCCAGGAGCAGGUUGGGGGAACCCUGGAUGCAGAAAGAGACACUAGGACACAUGAAAUCCUGGAAGGAGAUCUUCUCAAAUGUCAAGCAAAAAUUGAAGACUUGGAGAAGGUUCUUACUGAGAAAGGACAAGUAAAAUGGUUUCUUCAUGGUUUCUGCCAGUUCAUUCUUUCUUCUGCCUGCACAGCUGCCCUCAUCAUCAUCAUUGCUGCCUGGUACCUUUCUGUGACUGAUGGCGUGCACUAGCUGCCAUUCUACCAUUGGAAAACGCUUGUUUGAAACCAGUUAAGAAAAAUGCAUCAAGGGCUGGUCCUGGUCUAACGUACUGAAUGCUGGGCCCACAUGGAGUCUGCACAGGAAUUUCCUCAGCUGCCUCAGAGGUGGGAGGGAAGAAGUGCCCUUAGGGACUGUCUACAUGGACAAAAAAAAUUGUAUCCACUUAUUAUUGGCUGUUAUUGUGACACAUGACAUAUGUGAUAAUUCACAUCGCAAGCUGUUCUUUAGCCCACAACCCACUUUAAAAAGAAUUGCCCUUUGUCCCUCACUUUGGCUAAAGACCUGAAUGAGUUUUGGGAGUUUUUUGUUUUGUUAUUUUGGUGUGGUCAUUAUAGAUGGUUGCUUAUUAAAACUGGGGGAGGAGUGGCCUGAUCAGGCUGUUAAGAUGUGACACGGUCCAGCAGGAUGCGUUAUUGUUCCUGCCAUUGCAAAUAAGGUGCAG